AUGGAGUGUGUGGGCACGCGCAUCCCGUACGCAAAAUGGCGCCUGAGUGCGUUCCAACAAUUGCUAGCAACUUCACAUCAGGCAGUCAAUCGGGGCAUCUCGACCUCGCGACAAUCCGCCCAACUUAAUAAAACGACUCCCGCAGUCUCCUCUUCUCACCCGUCCUCGCUCCGGGACGGAAAAGAUUCGCAAGAGGCGCCCCACGACACAGGAGGAAGCCGAUCUACUCAACAACCCGUGGGCCGUAAUGCUGGCUUCGCCGGCACUGCCACUCUCCAAGAGGGGCGGGAAAAGACCAGCGAUUAUGCGGCUGUUGCCGUUCCGAUGGAAGCACCCACAGGGCCCUGUGACAGCGCACGAAGAGAAAAAAUCAUAUGGUCAGAGAACACGCCAGAAAUCAUGUUACGGAGCAUGAGGGCUGUCGUUGUCAAGAAGCUGAGUGCAGUGCUCGAGAAAUACAAGCGCGUCGGCACCCCCAAUGGGGUCUGGAGGGCUCUGGAUCUAACCGAGUAUUCGGAUGCUGCGCUGAAGGCGGCCCUGGGAGGUUUGGAGCGAUUUGAUCAUAUGCAAUGUGGAGGAGUCCUGCUUCUUGACCCAAAGACGUCUCAAUCGAGUGGCUCUUUGGGCUCGGUGGCCCUCAUACAAAAUGGGUCGAAGGUUCCUGUGUUUGAUCUGACAGUGCUUCUUUCUGAGUCUGAUAUCAACAAUCUCCGUGGAUCCCACGGUCAGUUCCAACACACUGCACUUUUCUUCAGACCAAAGGAUCAGCUUGGUGUUGAUGCGAUGAUAUCCCUCUGGAAAAUCAAACGCCUCCUUGAUAAUGUUGAUCUGACAGAGCGCUGA